AUGGCAUACAACCAAUAUCGUGAAUGGGACAGAGGAAAGGACGCUUGGAACGAUGGCAGUGCGUGGAAUGACUCGCGGGGGAAUGUGCGUGGUCGCGAGGAGGACUACUACGGCGACGGCAAGCGGCGAAAAUUCAAUAAUGGCGGUUUCGAUAAUUCAUACUCGCAUGAAGAUGCCAAUUACGGGCAGAUGCAACGGCCAAAUGACUACGCUCAGGAUUACACAGUCGACGAACGCCCGCAGCAACAGCGUGGCGGGCCUGGCGGCAACUUCACGAAGAAGCGUAUGCAACCUAGCGAACCGAGCCCCCAUGUCAUCUUCCUGGGACUGGACACAGACUUCACCGAGGCCGAUCUCCAAGCCUAUCUCGUGUCACAAGGCUGCAACAUAGAAACAGUGACUAUAAUUCGAGAGAAAUCAACAGGUGCAUCGAAAGGCUUUGGAUUCGCGCAAUUCCCGACGACGGAGCACGCCCGCGCUUUUGUCGACCCAUCGUUUCCCUUCGUCCAAGUUCCACCGCCAGCGUCACACGGUGCAUCCGCAGCCACCGCUUUCUACAAAGCGCUGGAGACUGGUGCGCCCCAUAACGGACGGAGAGUUAAGAUUGAUUACUCUCAGAGCGCCCAGCAUGAUAAGGGCAGGCAACCUCGACAGAACGGGAAUGAUGGUACUAGGGACAUAGGAAACGCGCCGGGUCCUGUCCUGCUGUUCCGGGGACUCGACCCACUCUCAGGCCCUCAAGCAAUUCAUCAAGCCAUGCGGUAUUCUUCUGGUGUUGGCAAGGAAGGCGCCAAAGGGAUGAAACGCAUCAUUCUAAUCAAGGAUCGAGUCACUAUGGCUAGCUUUGGCUUCGCCUUCGUGGAGUUCAUUGAUGUCGAGUCUGCAGCCAAUGUGCUUGGCGCGACUAUGUCUGCGCAGAUCCAUCCAAACGGUUUCAGAAUCUCAGACAAGCCUGUUGCUGCUUCAUGGGCUCACCCUUGCUCUUUCCAGCCAGCCGAUCCUAUGCUACGGGACGAGGCUGCCGUCCCCUCUUCGAUGAGCCUCGGUGCCAUGGAAGGUGGAUGGGUCAGGUAUUGGGACGAAGCUUCUACGAUCGCUGUCUUGGAAUUUAAGGUCGAAGCACCCGCGAAGCCUGCAAAUGUUGUACCAACCAAGGAGAAAGAGAAGAAGAAGAAAGCUAAAGUGGAAGUCAAGGACGUCAUAGCAGCGCCAUCCGUGCUUCCUAUCUCUGACAAACCGGUCACGCUUAACUUCAGUAAGGGCCCCAUCAAGAUUGGUACCAGUGCGGCGUCCAAACCCCUAGCUCUUGGAUUCUCGUUGGGAGAUGGCGAAGGGGAAGAUGGAGACGAGGAUGCGGCUGCCGCAGAAUUAACAAAAGCGGAAGCUGCAAAGAAAGUUGCGCCGUUGAUUGCCAGUAAGAAGACUGUGAACAAUAUAAAUAAAUGGAAUCAAGUCCAAGAAGAACUCACCCAGAGUCUCGAGACCUCAAAUGCUGCCUCAACUUCCACGCAGCCUCCCGCUGCACCUAUGGCCGCCACGACACAGGCCGUUGCUACCCCAAGCCACUCCAGCUCACCAGCACCGAGUGACGAGUUCGAGUAUGCAGACACUUCGACAAUGGCAUGCUUACUGUGUGCUCGUCAAUUUAAGACCCUGGAUCAGUUGAAGCGGCACAACAAGGAAUCUGACUUGCACAAAAAAAAUCUCAAAGAUUCCAAUCUACGAGAAGUCGCUCGCCAGAAGGUCCUUGCUCGACAGCAGCCAAAAGCGGCAGAGCAGCCCAAAUAUCGAGACCGAGCACUCGAACGCAGGGCAUUGUUCAACCAGCCUGAUGUCCCACUCCCCGAGUCGAGUUCUGCAGGCCCUUCCAAAGCGGCGAAGAAACGCUUUGAAGGACCACCACCCCCGCCGUCUCCGCCACCUCCUGCUGUUCAUCCUGGCAAGGACGAAACGAACGUUGGCAAUAAGCUCUUAAAGAUGAUGGGCUGGAAGGAGGGCACUGGGUUAGGCACAGACGGUGAUGGCCGAGUUGAACCCAUUCAAACGGCCAUAUAUGCUCAAGGUGUUGGCUUGGGUGCCAGCAAGCCUAGGGAUAUUGGCAAGCUGACUGAGGGUUACUCCGGCUACGUGAACAUGGCACAAGACGCGGCCAGAGAGCGAUAUAACAGCUGA